AUGAGGAAGCUUUGUCCCAACUUGGACCGUGAAGACGGCUUGGAAACUGUUCUGGAGGUUCCAAUCCCAGAAGAGAUAUUCUCUCCUACUAACAAAAGCCCUAAGAUUUCAUGGCAGGGCAUGAAGUCAUGGAUGAAAUCAUCAAACACCGAGCAUUCAACUGUAUUCGGAAGCAAAAGCGCAGAGAUCCAGCUCUUGCUCGGAGUUAUUGGAGCACCACUGAUUCCUAUUACUAUUCCCAACAACGAUCACCAACUCAUCAAUCGCAACAUCAAGGAUCAGCCUAUUGAAGCUUCAAUGGCUAAAUACAUUGUGAAGCAAUACAUAGCUGCAGUGGGUGGGGAGACUGCCUUGAACUCUAUAGACAGCAUGUAUGCAAUGGGAAAGGUGAAGAUGGCAGCUUCAGAGUUUUGUACUGGGGAAGCAAAGUUAAAUAGUCCCAAGAGAAAGAUGAAGAACUUGAAAUCACUUGAAAAUGGUGAAAUGGGAGGAUUUGUACUAUGGCAGAAGAGGCCAGAGCUAUGGUGCUUGGAGCUGGUGGUGUCUGGCUGCAAGAUUAGCGCCGGGAGUGAUGGCAAGGUGGCUUGGCGACAAACCCCCUGGCAUCACUCCCACGCUUCUCGAGGCCCGCCUCGUCCCCUCAGACGCCUCCUUCAGGGACUUGAUCCAAGGUCAACUGCAAAUUUGUUCAGCAAUUCAGUUUGUAUUGGAGAGAAGCCAAUCAACGAAGAAGACUGCUUCAUACUUAAAGUGGAAGCCGAACCCUCAACGCUCCGAGCAAGAAGCAGCAGCAACGUAGAGAUAAUACGACACACCGUUUGGGGAUACUUCAGCCAAAGAACAGGUCUCCUAGUCCAACUAGAAGACUCCCACCUCCUGAGAAUCAAGACCUCCGGCAACGACAGCAUUUUCUGGGAAACCACAAUGGAGUCGUACAUCCAAGACUACAGAACCAUCGACGGCGUUAACAUCGCACAUUCCGGGAGGACAAGCGUGUCGUUGGUGAGGUUUGGUGAGAGCAGUGAAGCGCAUUCGAGGACUAGAAUGGAAGAGGUUUGGGACAUUGAGGAAGUUGAUUUCAACAUUAAGGGUUUGUCUAUGGACUGCUUCUUGCCUCCUGGUGACUUGAAGACAGAGGAAGAAGGAGGGUGUGGGAUGGUGACUAAUAAUACCAAGGCAAAGUUACCGUUCAGGAUUUUAUCAUCUUCAAAAGUGCGAGCUUCCAAAAUAGCCGCCAUUGAUGUUUAUGAUGAUGAUUCAGAGAGCAGUAGUGGAAGUAGUACUGACCAAGAACUGUAA